AUGCGUUGGAUUGGAUUGGAUGAAGAUAUAGAUGAUGCACUUGUCUCUGUUUCCGAUAUUUCAGUAUUUUCAAUCAAUCAAAUUUUAGAUCCAAAGGAUCCCCUAUCCGAGACAUCUACAUUAAUUAUUUUAACGGUAUCUUCUUCUAAAGGUUCUAUUUUUAAUUCUUGUAUCAAAGGCUGGGUAUUAGAAAUAGAUUGCGAUUCCGAAAUUUGUUUGACAUAUGAUGAAUUGGAUGGUUUUGAGCUAUUCAAAGAUAAGUUUUGGUUUUGA